AUGUCGGCUAUCUAUAACCUUGAGCCUCAACCCACGGCGUCUGCUGUUAUCCAUACCACGCUUGGCGAGAUUCUCGUCGAGCUGUUCGCGAAGCAGACGCCACUGACCUGUCGCAACUUUCUUCAGCUCAGUCUCGACGGCUACUACGACGGCACGAUAUUCCACCGCUUGGUACCGAACUUCAUCUUACAAGGAGGUGACCCAACUGGCACUGGAAAUGGCGGCGAAUCUAUAUACGACGGCGGCGCAUUCGGCGGCGACCUGGACCCAUGGCCAAUGGACCAGCGUCACGGCAAGAAUGCUGGACCGACGGGCAUCAACUUUAGGGACGAAUUCCACUCACGCCUCAAGUUCAACAGACGCGGGCUACUAGCGAUGGCGAACGAGGGCCACGUCGAUACGAAUGGAAGCCAAUUCUUCUUCACACUCGACAAGACCGACGAACUAAAUGGCAAGAAUACCCUAUUUGGCCGCGUUGCCGGCGAUACAAUAUACAACCUAGCCAAAAUUGGGGAAUCUGAGGUGGAAGAGGGCACAGAUCGGCCCAUGUAUGCGGUCAAGAUUGAGCGCAUUGAGAUCCUGGUCAACCCGUUCGAGGACAUGGAGAAGCGUACACGUAUAGCUGCGCAUACAGAGAAGAGGCCUGCAGAAAAGGAAAAGAAGAAGAAGCGCAAGGCUGGAAAGCAGCUUCUCAGUUUCGGCGACGACGAGGGCGACGACGAAGUUCCCUCGCUGCCAAAAAAGGCAAAAUUUGACACGCGCAUAGUUAUGGACGACGGUUCGGCCGACGGACCGCCCAAGGAAAAAUCGACAUCAAAAGCAGCCAGGAAGGAAAAGACAAACACACCGAAAACCAGUGAUGACGGUGCGGAGGCCCAGACAAUAGGAGUAGCAGCACAGCCCGCGGAAACAGAAGCGCCACCUAGAAGAGAACAAAUCGAUGAUAAUACGGCGGAGGAAUAUCCAGAUGCACCCAAAAAGACUGCCCUACAAAUAGCCAAUGAAGAGAUGGCCGCGCUUAAAGCUUCCAUGAGAAGAACCAUCCACAGCGCCACGGACGACGAGCCUCGAAAGAAAUCGACCCUAGAGUCAAUGAUUCCAGAGAAUUCUAUUCGAGGAGCACGCAAAAGGCGAGCGGGCGGCGCUAGUGCCAUAUCCUCCGAUGACCAGGCUACCAUAAAAUUUCUCAAGGGUUUUCAAUCUCGACUUGACAAAGCGGCACCUGGAAAGGAGCUUACCGCGGGCGGUGACGAGGACGAUGGUGAAGUGAAGCAGGACCAGACCGGCGAAGACGACGAGGCGGGACUUUGCGAUUUACACUUCAUCGCAAACUGUCAAAGCUGUACCUCGUGGGACAAGCAGGAAAAGGAAGAGAGUGAUGACGAGGGCUGGAUGUCACACCAGCUGUCCUUCGCCGCCGAUAAACUUGGCAAAGACCUGAGAAACCGUAAAAAGGGCGAGGAAGAACUCGUGGUCAUUGAUCCUCGAAGCAAAGAGCAGUCCAUGCGUGCAGAGAAACGGGCAAAGAGAGACGCUCGAUCCGGGGGAUCGGGGCGGCAGUGGGAUCAACGGCGGGACCAGGCCAGAAAUGCUCGAAUGUCACAGGCAGCAUCGUUGGCAGGCCGUGGUGCAAAAUAA